CGAAACUUAUUUUUCAUUCGUCUUCGAGCGGGGACGUCGUGAUGUAGUAGCUCCUAAAUUUUAUUCAUUAUAGUGUCUGUAUUUUUCGAGUGUUUUUUAAAAAUUCUUUGAGUGUAUGUGAAAUGAUAGAUAAAGACAUGAAUUCGGCUUGCAUGAGGGGUGGCUCAAUCCGCACAUUGAAUAAUUAUCAACAAAUGUUGGAACCGCGAUCUCCACACACUGCUUGGCAAUUCGGCGUAUCACAAAUCGUGAAACGCGAACCAAUGGACGAAGAUAAGAACGAUUCCGGGGUUACUUCCGGAAGUGACUUCCACUCGUCUUCCCCCAGCAGUGAUACCAGUCAGGAUUUACAACAUUCUUAUCAAUCGCCCCAAACUCAGCCGACUCGGUUUUACUCCACUCCGAUUGUGCCCCAUUUCGCGUACAAUCACAACCCUUUGACACCCCCAAACUCCGAACCACUAGUCUCCCCCAAGAGCGAGAAGGAGGAGAAGGACAUGGAGACGACUCUGACGCCUUGUGCUUCUCCGAGUCGCAAACCGGAGGAAAACCAGGAUCAUCUCCGCCGUCUGGAGAUGUCCCUGGAGAAGAGUGGCUUGUUUUCGUCCAAAACGAGCGAACACUCUGUGGAUGAGUUAUCAGGGAAAAGUGAUAACGAUGCUGAAGAGUACGACGAGCAAAGUUUGAGAGUCCCCAAAGUUAACUCACACGGAAAAAUCAAGACUUUUAAAUGCAAACAAUGCGAUUUUGUCGCAAUCACAAAACUCGAACAGUGGAACCACAGCAAAGUCCAUAUUCGAGAAGACAAACGAUUGACUUGCCCCAAGUGCCCGUUCAUCACCGAAUACAAGCACCAUUUGGAGUACCACCUGCGGAACCAUGCGGGUUCCAAGCCGUUCCAAUGCAACAAAUGUGAUUACACUUGUGUGAACAAAUCAAUGUUAAAUUCACACAUGAAAUCGCACUCGAAUGUUUACCGCUAUAGUUGUCGAGACUGCAGCUACGCUACCAAAUAUUGUCACUCUUUGAAGAUCCACCUUCGGAGAUAUGGACACACCCCUAAUGUGGUUUUGGACGAGGAAGGUAACCCUUGCCCCGACAUCAUCAUCGACGUCCAUGGGACUCGCCGAGGCCCUAAAAUCAAAACACAACCCAAAGCAGAGGAGUCCAAACCGGAAACGCUUCCGUUCCUCAACCUACAACAACAACUCCCGUUUCCGGGAUACCCCUUCUUCGGGGGAUUCCCCAACGCCCAAUUGUUACAACAGUUGAUCCGGGAGCGACAAUUGGCUUCUGGAGGUCCCCCGGAAGAGUCCAGAGUUCUGGAUUUGAGCAAACCGGGAUGUAGUUAUGGCGGAGAACAGAAGAGUAGACGCAAAGGGCCGGCGUUUAAGGUCGAUCCGGCACAAGUUGAGUCGGAGGAGGAGGACGAGGAAACCUCGACGACGGUGUUUAGUAACGUGGAGGUGGUCCAAGAAGAGGCCAAGAAGGAGGAGUCCGAAGUCGCUGAUAGUAAUAAUAAUAAAGAAGAGGGUAAUAAUUGCCAAUAUUGUAAUAUCGCGUUCGGAGAUGCCGUUUUGUAUACUAUCCAUAUGGGUUAUCAUGGGUUCCACAAUCCGUUCACUUGUAACAUGUGUGGAGUGGAAUGCUCGGACAAGGUCUCGUUCUUUUUGCAUAUUGCACGUGUUUCUCAUUCGUAAAUUAAGACUGAUUAGAAUUAAUUAGAAUUAGUUUUGUGUUUUUUUUUAUUUAACUAGUCAUACGGGGCCGCAAGCCCGACUUCUCAAAUCUAGUUAUUUUACGCUUUUACGUGCAAUUUAUUUUUGUUAAUCACAAACUGGAGAUGUACGGGUAGGAACUCCACAGCUGAACCAAAUAUUUUUUUUUACCGAAUUAGGUCAAUUUUUAAUUUAUUUUUGUCUGUAACGUUUUGUCGUAGUGGUUUAGUAAAUAGGCGAUUUCAAGUUUUAUUGUCAUAUUUUUAUACUUGUGGGGCCAUGACAUAAGACUGAUGAUUGUAUUUGUAAAUAAGUUUCAAUGUUUUCUAUAGCUCGAGCAACAAUCAAAGAUUAUUGUAACAUAGUUGUGUGUAUUAUACUAUUGUUUAAACCAAAUAAUAAACAGUAGCAGAG